AUGAAGCUGUACGUCCGCACGCAGGACGGCAAGAGCUUCACGGUCGACGCGGAGGAGAAGGACGCGGUCGCGGACCUGAAGCGGUCGAUCGAGGUGGCGGGGGGCGUCUCGAUGUCCGCGAUGUCGCUCGAGUGCCAGGGGAAGACCCUCGACGACGACAACGCGACGUUGGUGGCGAGCGGAGUCGCGCACGGCGCGCACAUCGGCCUGCUGACGAAGGAGGCGGGCGUGAGGACGAAGGUCCACAUGAUGACGCCGCACUUGCCGUGUGGCGAUCACGUAUUCAUCGAGGUGCCGGAAAACGCGCGAAAGCACGUCAUCAUGAGGGCGCUCGCGGAGAAGACCGGCGUCCCCGUGGAGCACCAGAUCAUCAGGAUGGGCGGCAUCAACAGCAUCUUCAUGGGGGACGCGCGCACGAACAUCAGGUCCGCGCGCUGCGGGACGGUCGACUCGGUGCGCCUCGCCACCACCGGGAAGCUCUAG